GUACAAUUCCGUCACCCCCCAAUCGUAGCGGUAGUCAGCCAUCCCACCACCUACACCUGCCGUUACUUAUAUCGGUAGUCAGUUAAGUGAGGUUAGGUUUAAUGUUAGAUAGGUAAUUAGGUACCUAACCUACCUCGUUGUACUUGAAAGAUACACUGGGGCACUUAGGCUUAGGUAUUCUUGCUCCCCUCCCCCAAAACGAACUUCCAAUACAAACUACGACGAAACUACGACGAAACCUCCCACCCUCUUUCGACCACAUUUUCUUCUCAACACCACCGUCCAUUCGCAAGCCCAACGGCACUGAGAAACCCGUCUGUUAAAGACUUGUUCCUUUGAUCGAGGCGACCUUCGCGUACUUCACCAUGAACCCUCACCAGAAGAACAAGGUUGACGUCAAGUCGCUCACCCCUGAUGAGCAACGCCUCUUCCGCCUGUACGGCAAGCUGCCGUCGAAAUCCGACCACUUCGCCAAGCACCUGAAGGAGCGCAAGUAUUUCGACAGCGGAGACUACGCCAUGUCGAAGGCGGGCAAGGGCGACAGCGUCGACACAGGCAGCGUCGGCAGCCAGCACCCCGUCCCCGAGAACAUCCCCCACCUAACGUCGCCCAACGGCCAGAACGGCGGCAGCACCGUCGCCCACCAGCACCACCCCAGCCUGCACGCUCACACCAGCCAACAGGUCACCUCCACCGGCAGCCCCGUCAAGGAGAGCAGCUUCCUCAACCGCGAGACUAGCGCCGACGAGAACGAUGCCGCUGAGAAUGGCGACAAGGAGAAUAACGCUAAGAAUGCUGAGGCUACCGGUACCGCGGUAAACGGCGAUGCUGCCAAAGGUAUCCCGAUCCGAAGAUAAGAUGAUAGUAAGGCGACACUGCUACUGGGGCGGGACAAUGUAGGAUGAGGUGAGACGAGAUGAUUCUACGGAGGACAGCGGAUGAACAGCGUUGGAUGCUACUUAAGAAAAGAGGCGCGUUAUCUAAAGGGUUUCUACCCUCCUCCCCAGCUCUAUCAUACACGGCCACGGGGAGCGUAUGUGUACGUUUUUUGCCCGUCGUUGUACGACCGAGUAGUUGCGUUGCGUUGCGUUGCGUUAUAUUGCGCGCGAGGGAGACGAGAAAGGUGCAAAAGGUGCUAGUAGCCGGCUCCCGUUCACGACGAUGGGUUACGAGGACUUUUUUUUAGUUACUUCUUUUUGAUUUUUUAUCCUCCCGCGGCGUUUGGGGAAACGGUGAUUUCGCGUGGUACUGGCAAAGGGAAAUUUUCGCAAUUGCAAAAAAUAUCACGGAUGGAACGACGCUAUGUCGUCGUCGUCGUUUUCUUCUAGGGUCUAUUCCCAAUUCCCAAAUCGAGAACUUUCGCUAAGACCCCUGGUUCCUUUUCUUUUGUUUUCUCUCUCUCUAUGUUCUGGCUUGGUUGACUGCCUAACCUAAUGUUUGGAACUGCUGCUAUUUAUUACUCUUACCUGUGAAUGCAACAUGGGUUAGGCAUUGCUCUGGUGUCAGUGUCAGAUAGUUGUUUUAAUAACGAGGCUUCAUAUCUCGGGAAA